AUGUUCAUGCUGAUUUUGGCGAAGGAGCCGGGGAGGUACGUGUAUCACAGCUCCAAGUGGAUGGUAGCGGGGAAUGCCGACUCCCCCGUGCCUCCAAGAGUAUACAUCCAUCCGGACUCCCCGGCCUCAGGAGAGACGUGGAUGCGUCAGGUGAUCAGCUUCGACAAACUCAAACUGACCAACAACGAGCUGGAUGACCAAGGACAUAUCAUUCUGCACUCCAUGCACAAAUACCAGCCGCGGGUCCAUGUAAUCCGUAAGGAGUGUGGAGAAGAGUUAUCCCCAGUGAGGAGCAUCCCCGCGGGGGAAGGCACGCGCACCUUCUCGUUCCCGGAGACCGUGUUCACCACUGUCACGGCGUAUCAGAACCAACAGAUUACAAGGCUGAAAAUUGACAGAAACCCAUUUGCCAAAGGCUUCAGAGACUCUGGCAGAAACCGGAUGGGUUUGGAGGCUUUGGUUGAGUCUUAUGCAUUCUGGCGUCCAUCCCUGCGAACACUCACAUUUGAGGACAUCCCUGGCAUGACCAAGCAAGGAGUCCCAGGAACUCAUGCAGCGGUUGGAGCAUCGCCUCACCUGCUCUCCACAUCCCCGUGCUCAUCUCCUUUCCAAGUUUGCCCUCUCAGCCCACCGGACUACACCUGUAGCCGGCCGGUGCACCCCCUCCACCGUUACAGCAACGCCCCAGAGCCAUUCCCCCCACCCAGAGGUCCAUCUGCGUACGAAGCCGAAGGAUUCUGCUCCCUGCCUCUCCCUGCCUCCCAGCUCGGCUAUCUCUCCAACCCCACCUCGCAGGGCUAUGCCGGCCUCCGCCUCCACACGCCGCCCUACAGCCUGUACGGUUACACAUUUCCCUCUUCGCCGCGCCUCGCCGCCAGUCCUGAUAAAAUGGCCGCCACUGCCACAGCCAAUCAUCAGAGCGCCUUCCUCGGCUCGUCGCCCAGUGGGACUUUAACAGACAGUCUGGGCGUGCUCGGCGGAGGACAGCAAGGCUUCUUGUUCGAUUCUCGGACUUUGGGACUGGCAGGGAGCCAGUCGGGAGGCGGGGCCUCGCAGGUCACAGCUCACAUGGGCUGACUUUGACUCCGGGUUGUCACAAACACACGGUGACACCCUGGAUUGGGUGUGUGCUGCUUUUGUUCCCGAACACUCUCUGAGUUAACGAUCAAGCGUCACGCUGAGGACAGAAAGAAGUGACAGAGCAGGCUUUUUUUUGCCUCUGUGAAUAUAUGAGCUUGUUAAAGCUUUACCUGAAGGAAAUAAUUUUUACUUUUGUUUUCACGCACGAUUUCUAUGACAUGCCUGUGGACCUGCAGUGGUCACUAAAGAAGCAGCAGUGGUGGUUAAGGAGACGAAUGAACACACUGACUGAAUUUGGACUGGGCUCAGACCGUUGUGGCCCAGAGAAUCAAAGCAAGCACUUCAUCCUCUGCCCUGAAACAGUAACUAUGAUACUCAUACAGUGCUGCCUUUGUCUCUAUCACUGCCUACAGUGGGCGGGACUACUAAACACCAUCAAAGUUUUUCUCAUUACAUGCACGAUUGUUCCUUCGAUCACUAUGCACUAAUAGCAGGGCCUGUUCACCACUCAAAAACACUUUUUACACACUCGGGGUCGGACGUAUAAUUACUUAAUGACGUCAUAGCCACAACAGACCAGAGGAGUUCUCCUGGUGGCAGUCGUGGUCUAAUGGUAAAAACUGUAGAGAGGAGUGGGUAAUGAAAAGAUUUAAGGCUUAAAUGUAUUUUUUCAUGUCUGACAGAGAAGCAACAGUACAUGACUCUGUAUAUAUAAGGGCGGGAGGAGAUUUCUGUAUAUAAAGGGCUGUGCAACCCUUCGCACUUAAAAACCCCAAUGCACCUGCUUCUGCUCUUAAGACUGGGUCAGGUAUGGGACGCCCCGCCCUGAACUUGACUGAAAAGCUUUUCUUUGCAAAUACGCUAUAACAACAAGCCCUUUGGCCUGAGGACGUUAACAUGUUCUGUGACCUUUUUGAGCCAAAUAAAAUAUAUGUAUACAUGUCACGAUGUUUGAAUGUAAUCAAUAACUUACUAAUUUAACUGAUUUCACGUGGUUUUGUAACGAAAUUCAAUGCAAGUUCGUGUGGGCACGACGAUUUCUUUACACUUUUUUUUUUUUAAAUCAAAGCAAUCACAAUACAAUA